AAAAAAAAUCGCGAUUUGUUUCAUUUUUUUUCUUUGCUCGUCUCUCUUAUUUCACAAAUUUGGGCAACGCGCACAUAUCGGCCAGGACCUCACGCCUCGUCGCUAGCCAGCGGAAAAUCGACUCGCUCGUGGGAAUCAAAACAAUCUUCGAACGUUCGUCCGAAGCCUAGUGUGUUGUUUCCUUGUGUGUGGUGUUGUUGGCGAAAAAGUAAACCUCGCAAUGGCCGUGAUUGCUGCGGAUCUCAAGUUGCUGCUGGCCUGCCGUGGCACCUUUGGCCAGAUCAGAAACAUUCACCUCGCGGCUGCCAACAAUGCCGCGGCCAAGAAAGUUAAAAAGUUCCAGAUCUACCGCUGGAAUCCGGAUAAGCCGGAGGAGAAACCGUACAACCAGACGUACGAAGUCGACCUGAGCGCCUGCGGCCCGAUGGUGCUGGACGCGCUGAUCAAGAUCAAGAACGAAAUGGACCCCACGCUGACGUUCCGCCGGUCGUGCCGCGAAGGCAUCUGUGGCUCGUGCGCCAUGAACAUUGGCGGCACGAACACGCUCGCCUGCAUCAGCAAGAUCGAUGCGGACAACUUGGACAAACCGACCAAGAUCUACCCUCUACCGCACAUGUACGUGGUAAAGGAUCUGGUGCCGGACAUGAACAACUUCUACAACCAGUACCGCUCGAUUCAGCCCUGGCUACAGCGCAAGAACGAAAGCACCGAAAAGAAGGGCGAUGCCCAGUACCUCCAGUCGGUGGACGAUCGCGCCAAGCUGGACGGUCUGUACGAGUGCAUUCUGUGUGCGUGCUGCUCCACGUCCUGCCCGUCCUACUGGUGGAACGGCGACAAGUACCUCGGGCCGGCGGUGCUGAUGCAGGCGUACCGUUGGAUUAUCGAUUCGCGCGACGAAAGCACUGCCGCCCGGUUGGACAAGCUGAAGGAUCCGUUCAGCGUGUACCGGUGCCACACGAUCAUGAACUGCACGCGCACCUGCCCGAAGGGGCUGAACCCGGGCAAGGCGAUUGCGGAGAUCAAGAAGCUGCUGUCGGGCAUUGCCAAGAAGGACGCACCCGGUCUGGAGACGGCCGCCCUGCACAACAAGUAAAGUGUUCGAAGGCCCCGGGGAUAGACAGACCUCCUAGUGUAUGGCUGCACUGCCACCCAACGCGCUGCCCGCCCCGCUCCCAGUGCAAAUGGCUUUAGUAUGUGAGAUGGCACGGAACACGGCCAAAAAGGCAAAGUAGAUCACCAACAACCAGAACAAAAGCGGUGCGUGACUGUGUGUGUGUGUGCAUGUGCGAGAGUGUACGAGGAAUUUGUUGAGUAGAAAGGAAAGUAUUUCGAUACCAAAAAAUGUCGCGAAAAAGAGGCACUAGAAACAAGCUUCAACUUAAAAUACGAAAUGUUAAAAUUCAACAUUAUAAUUGGUUACUUAAAAAAAACGACAUCCACCGACAGCAGCAGCAAGAAACUCGGCAGUAUUGCGUGUACAACGGCGUUCAACUCUUGGUUUUCUUGGUGCAAGAUAUCCUACGGUGCAAACAAAAUGGAAACCAAAAAGAACAUCAUCCACCCUUAGUUGUCCUCCUGUCGAACGGUUCAAUUUUAGUUUAGUUUAGGAAUGAAGUAGGCUUAGUGUUUCGUUCCGGUUUCCUAAAUGAAUUCACAGCUACAAACGGCUCCCCGUCAUCCUGGCUUCGGUUUUGGAACGCGCAACAGCCAUCAGCAGAAUACGAAUAAUCACCACAACGACAUUUAUUUAUUUUCGAUUCCGUAGCCGCAAGGAUGUGUAAUGAAUUGAAGGGGAAAAUAAACAUGAAUACCUACACAACAACAAA